AAACCACGGGGUCCUUCGCUGAAGGACCUCGCAUAGAGGUAAACAAGAGAUGUUUGGUUAAUUAACUUACCGUACUACCAUCGAUUUUACUUCGAUUUACUGUUCGUGCGUUCGCCUACAAGUGACCAGGACGUGAUGACGGGCGAUAAUGAACUGGAGCAGCGUGCAAUAGAGGAGCUCCUCAGGGAGACUGACAGAGCCCGGAUCAGAGCAGAGACCAUGGGUCCCACAGGAUGGCUGAAGUGCCCUCUGCGCAGCACCAACAAGCGCUUCCUCCUCAACACCCUGCGCUCCACCGGCCUGCAGCAGCGCCGAGCUGAACCCACAGCCGGAAACUCCGCCGCCAGAGGGCGCCUGAGAAGCGAGUCCCCGGACAGAAGCCGUGAUCGGAGCAGAUCACCUCCCAGGGAUCGCAGGAGAGAUGGAGGCCACUCAGAUCACAGACAUCACCACAGGGACGGCCGCAAAAAGAGAGAUAAGAAACCGGACAGAGACAAAGACAGACACCAAAGACACAGAGACGAUAAUGACAGGACACACGUGGAUGGACACAAAAAAAAUGAAGACAGAAAUGGAGAAACAGACUAAUUCAGUGGAUUGCAAAAGUGUUCAUAUCCCUUGAACUUUUCCACAUUUUGUCACAUUACAACCACAAAAGGAAAUGUAUUUUAUUGGGAUUUUAUGUGAUUGACAAACACAUCAGGCUCUAUAUUUGUGGAGUCAAAGAAAAAUGACACUUUGUUUUCAAAUUAUUUUACAAACAAAGCUAGUUUGGUGUCCCAAAUGCUGCCCAAGUCAAUGCUGGUUAGAGCCACCUUCAGCUGCAAUCACUGCUGCAAAUGUUGCACAUCUGGAGAGUGAAAUGUUUGCCCAUUCAUCUUUUGCAAAAUGUCUCAAGCGAUCCCAUAAAGUCCCAAUGAAAUGUAUUUACAUUUGUGUUUGUAACGUGACAAUGUGGAAAAGGUUCAAGGGGUAUGAAUGCGUUUGCAAGCCACUGUACCUCUGCUGGAGGAGGUGCAGCACUCCAUCCCCAGUGGCUUCUUUCCCAAGAGCACAGUGGACCUGAAACAGCUCUGUGGCUCACAGAGCUGCAUAGAAUUUUAUUUUUUAUUUCCUGUAUAGGUGACCUGAACAAGCACUUUCGGAGAGAUGAAUAGGAUGACAGUUAACAUAUAAAUAGUUGAUUCCCACAUAUCAGUCACACAACCUUGAUCCAUUGAUUUUUUUUUUCAAGCAAAGUGUUUGUUAAUAAUGGUAAUAAUCUUUAUAUAAACAACAUUAUUUCAACAAUUGCUUGUACCUGGAGUGGAUAAGACUGGUUUUCAAUUAUAAAGUCAUCAGCAUUCUUCCAUCAAUAUUCACUGAUCAGAUUGUUUGCAUAAGCCAUGCUGCUGUCGCCACUGAGUAAGCACAUUUUAUCGCAGCUCCAACUUUUUGACACGUUUACACCUGUUAUCAAAAACGGUCCUGUUUAGUAAAGGAGAAAAAAGUUAUUGAGUGUCUGUGAACUACUGACCCCAGCAGAAGAUUUAAUGAGGCUUCAUUCCCAUCUGAUCAUGUAUCACAGUACUGAAACUAAUCUGGUGGCUCAACUCGAAAAAAAGCUGCAGCUUGUAGAAUUUUAAUUUUAGAAAGCAAAGAAAGUGGUUUGUGUGCUAUAGGUUGAUCUUUAAAACUUGGAAUAAUAGAUCAAAGUCAUGACAUAGAACCAAAUAAUCUAAUGUGCCUAGUACCAAUAAUGUGGUUUUUUUUUUUUUUGUAACACAAAUGACAUUUUGAGAGUUGUAAGGUUUGAUUUUUGCUGUGACUAACCAGCAUUUUUUGGUUUAUAUUGUUUGUUGUGAAAAGUUUUCAUGUUGAAUCAGUGUUAAAGGCAAAUCUG